AAUGUGAAACAAGAUGAAUUUUUCGAUUCAAUAACUGAAUUAAUCAAUUCUCUUGGUAAUGAAGAUUAUUAUUUGAGCGGGGAGGAAGAAAAAGAAUUUGUGGUUGUUGGAAGGGAUACGACUUUCAACAUUUUACCUGACGCUGAGAUUAAAAUUGUUUUAUCUGCCGAUAUUGAUAUUAGAGUUCAACGUCAUUCACUUCAAAUUAAUUCAACAGAUAUUAAAAAUAUUUUCGCAGAUGUUUAUUAUGAUUAUUUUUCUUUUAAACAACUUGAGCAAGCAAAGAAAGUUUCUACAAUAAUUGAUACGACAAAUAUUGAUUAUUCAGAAGUUAUUGAAAAGAUUUUUUCUAUUAUUCGUAAGAAAUCAUUAUCAACAAAU